UCGUGAAAGUAGGUCACAGGAAAGUGUGACAGUUAGCUGGUGGACAGAAUCCGAUUGCUUUUUGCAGAUCCACACAUUAUUACAGUGUCAUAAUAAUAUCUCUUGGUAUACGAGGCUUUAACGGACGCGGUGGUAUCCCUGAAAGACGGGUGCGGAGGCUCCAGGUUGGCAUGUCAAGGCGGAGCAGAAACAGCAGGGCGUGGAGGUACGUGUGGAGUGGAAUCAGACGGGAUGCAGAUGCAAGAGCACUGGUGCUCGCUUCUGAGAGUGACGAGUGGAGCUACGAUCGACAGCAGUACAGUGACUCUGAUUCUGAAGCUGAGUAUCCUGCCAUUGUGCCGGCGGUCCCCAGUGCAGUGCCGGUGACCGGAGAGUCCUACUGCAGCUGUGAUUCACAGAUGGAGCUCAGCUGUAACCCGCGCCUCAGAGGUUACACACACUUACGGGACUGCCACUGUGGAGAAGAUGACCAAGAUUUUGACUGGGUGUGGGACGAGGGCAGCCGGUCGUCUGCGACGCUGCUGAGCUGUGAGAACAGGAAGGUGAGCUUCCACUCAGAAUACAGCUGUGGGACGGCAGCCAUCCGUGGCUCCAGAGAGCUCUCAGAGGGACAACACUUCUGGGAGAUUAAAAUGACUUCUCCUGUCUACGGCACAGACAUGAUGGUUGGCAUUGGCACCUCAGAUGUGAAUCUGGACAAAUACCGACACACCUUCUGCAGUCUGCUGGGUAAAGAUGAAGACAGCUGGGGUUUGUCUUAUACAGGUCUGUUACAUCAUAACGGUGACAAAGUGAGCUUUUCGUCACGUUUUGGACAGGGCUCCAUUAUCGGGGUUCACCUGGACACGUGGCACGGCACCCUCACUUUCUACAAAAACCGCAAGUGCAUCGGCGUAGCAGCCACAGAGAUGAAGAACAAGCAUGUGUUUCCGAUGGCCUGCUCCACCGCGGCCAAGAGCAGCAUGAAGGUCAUUCGCUCUGUGUCCGCUCCCACGUCCCUCCAGUACCUGUGCUGCUCUCGGCUCCGCAAGCUGCUGCCAUCCGGCGUGGAUGCGCUGCGAGUCCUACCACUGCCGCCAGGCCUCAGACACCUGCUCCACUCCAAACUGGGCUGGGUGCUGAGUCUGGAUCACACACACUCACACUCCAACCCGCACACCCCACCGGGACCCUCGUCAGGCAGUGACUCUGAGGGAUGCUCCUCGGACCCGGAGGCCUGCCAGCGCAAACGCUGCCGCUGGACCUGAGGCUCGACUCAUGACGCACACUUCCCAAAAAACAGAGACACUCCACAUGUAGAAACACUGGACGUGUGCUGUCAAGUCACAUCAGUGGAGAACAGAAACCUCCAGGUCAGUCCAGCCUGUUUUUCUAGAUGCACCGCUGGUAAAUACUCAUCUUUCAAAGCUCUAAAGGUAGUUUGCAAUAUCAGGAAACCAUUGGGAUAUAUAUGUGUAUAUCGCAGUAUUCAUAGUCUGUUUUUAUUCUGUCAGAAGAAAGAAAGAAAAUUCGCCUGUUUUAAUACGAGGCAUUCGAAACGCACAUGCUGUUUGGAUUCAGAAAACAAAAGUGAUAAUACAUGACGCUUUACUGAGGGGCAGAAAAACAAAGUUGAGCUGAUCUCCUAUGACGUUUUGUUUUGGGGUUUUUUAAUGACAUAUUCACAUGUCAUUUACGCUUCAUCAAACAUCUCAGCACUUCAAAUCAUUUCCAGUGUAUGUUUCCAACAAUCACUGUAUGUUUUUUACUCUUUAUUUUAUCAGGCUUACCAACAGACAGUAAGUAAGCGCAGUGAUGUUGUCUACAUAAAUGUGUUUUAAAUACCAUUAUGGUCAAAUGGUGAGGAAAACACUUUAUCUUGACAGUUGUUGUCUGUAAGGAUCCCUUUGGGCAGUGUGUGUGCGUGUGUGUGUGUGUGACUAGUUUAUGUGGUUUAUGAGGACAGGGAACUAUAUAAUGACAUGGGUAUGACUUGAGCCCCGGUCAGAUCAUACGAAUUUGUCAUGAUUUCAGCAUGAUUUCCUUGACAUAGGGUGUCAUGGUGAUUCGUAAAACGACAAAUGGGCGUCGUGACACAAGAUCCAAUCGGUUCAUCUAGUGUGAUGUGGCAUAGUUCAAGAUAACUGAUACCAUGUCUGCGACGCCUCACGGCACCAUCGCAGAAUGUCUAGCAUGUUUAAUGUUUUUCUUUUGGGUGAGAAGCACAUCAUUUCUUGGUUAUCUCUGCGGGUGCUGCCAUUAAUGCGCUAGUCAGGUAAUCAAAAAAUAGGCUGCGUAUUUACUUAUGGGUGGGUCACGGGUGAAUAAGAUCAAUCAUUGGUUAUGCAAACUUUAACUACCUUUUCUAAAACUUGAAAAUGUUUUAAGCAGUUUUAUCUGUCAGACUGGCACAAAUAUGCAGACUUCAUUCCCACAACCAGUUUCUGAGUUCUCUCAUCCUUCCAACAGAGUUUGUUCUUCCGAGGUAAUCUGGGAACAUGUUUAGUCCUGUGAACACAUUACGUGACUCCACUACUCAACUAAUUUGUUUUGCUCUAUGGAACAUAGGGAUUUAAAGAAUGCUUCACUGUGAUUGGUGUAUCACAAACCUCUGAUAUAUAUUUGCUAAUUUUUGUCAUUAUUUUAAAGAUUAUGUCUUGAUGAGCAUCGGAUUUUUCCUUGCGGCUGCUGAUGUGCUUUCAUUUUCUCUGUCUCACUCGCAGCAAGCUCAGGGAUUGUUUAAUAAGCAACCCUGGCAGGAAAAUAUACAUUUAGAUUUCAAAGAAAUUAUCUUAAUAUUAAAAAGGAAUCAUACGUUUAAUCCUAUCCUUGUCGUAACGAAUGCCUUUAAUAAAUGUAGCCUAGUUGUCAGCAAGCAUCAAUGUUUAUUGAGAUUGAAAUAAGAUUAAAAAAAUUAAACUGAGAUAAAAAAAAAUCUUUAUAGCAACACUUGUGACUGCUUAGGGAAAUAACGCUCAUUGUAGACGUUAUAGGAAAACUGAUCGUGAAGGAACGUGUAGUCUGGCAAAUUUGUUACCCAUGACAAGUCAAGAUUUUAUCAAGAAAGAAAAUCACAUAAUCUGACAAAAUGACUUUCGUAACCGACAAUAAAAAUCAUGUCAUCUGACCAGGGCUUUAGUUGUACUCUAUUACGUUGGUUUACUAGGACAUGUCUGAUUCUCGGAAUUCAAAAUGCUUGAAAAGCAUACUUAAUGGGGUGUUUUUACAUUCAAUAUUUGGUAGGGAUAGGAGGCCAUACAAUAAGCAGUUUUUACAGUAUAAAAUACAUUGGACAGUCCUCAUAAACCAUAUAUACAAGUGUGUGUAUUGAAUGUGUAUUUCCAGAGACUUUUCUGUUUCCCUGAAAAUACCUUGAUGCAGUUUUGUCAAACUGACUGAUGCAAACUGGAGGUGGUUUCAGUUUUCAAUCUGUGCAACACCAUCUAUCUCUACAUGAGGUUCAUAUUGAAUUCAUAUGGGGUUUAUAUUGCAGGUUUUGUAAUUUGUUGUUUUAAAAAACAAAAAAGAGCAAAUCAUGUUUUUGUUAUGCAUAAAGCACUUUUUGCGCUUAUUAUAUGUAUAGAAAUAUAUACAGGUCCUAUACUGUGUUUUACGCGUGUUGUAUGUCAUAAGCGCUCUCUUUCUCUCUCUCUUUUUUUUCUCUCUCUCUCUCUCUCGCUCUCUCUUUAUCUUUUGUUUGUCUUCUCUCGCUUCUUCAACUCCAUACAUUUAAGCAUGGCCUUUUAUACGAGUCAAAAAAUAAGGAAAAUUAUAUAUGCAUUAAAAAAAAGGGGCUGAAUAUGUUUUUGUUUGUUC